CUGUAAAACCGCAAGAAUCCAGGGGCUGGAUUGCAACCGGCGACGCAACUGACCUCCCUCCAGAGUCCAGACCGACCGACGCCGACCGGCGACGGCGACCGCCCGCGAUUUGUUUACUCGUCUCGCUCACCUCCGCCUCCGCGAGGAGCUCCUUUUUCUCUAUCCAACCAUACCCUCACCAACUCCCCCUGUCUCGGUUUGCGUGGAGAGAGAAAGGGAGGGAGCGAGAAGUCAAGCCGGAGCCGGGAACAGCUCAACACCACGGGCCGCGGUUUCUGAAAAGGAGAGGCGUGGUGGGAAGGGGAGGGGGAGCGGGAGGGGGGCGAGCCAGCCAGAGAGCCGUACGCGAAGCAAGCAGCCCCCUGCAUCUAGAUCAGGCGUUCUGCUCGCACCGCCGCCGCCGCCGCCGCCGCCGCCGCUUCCUUCUCUCACCGACGCUAAUUGGAGAUCACGUCUGGGCCUGGCUGCUCGUCUUCCGUCCUGGGUACAAUUCGAUUGAUGACCUCAUCAGGGAAGAAUGUUUUGCAGUCUUACAUGAGUUAAAGGGAUAGAAAGUGCAACAACCGUGGAAUAAAGGACUCGUGCUUUUGAGUAAUUCAGGAGGAGUACAUGCAUCACGAAGCCUUGAUUCUGGAAUGGUGUCCAGUCGAAGGAACAGUGGGAUUAUCCUACGGGAAGGGUCGGUUAGGGACUGGUCCGAGUUCAACAAUCCCUCGCCGUCCCCAAAACUGCUGUACUCACAGUCCUAUGUCGCAAUGAGGGGGUUGCUGGCCUCAGUGAUCUCCUUGGACUUUUUCCUGCUGUCGAGCAAGCUAAAAUCUGUGUGCGCGGCUAUGACUUCCCAGAGGCAUGGCCGAUCACAGGAGAGGUCAAAAUCAAAGGGGUUGACCUGCAGGAGAGUUGCAGUCCAUCUGCUGUUCUUUUUCAUGGUUGGCAUUUUCAUUGGGUUCAUGCCUUUGUUCUCUGUCGAUGUUUACAAGAAAAUAGUAUCCGAAAACGAGAGGCUUCCGUUCCAUGAUGGUGUGAUUGAGGCGGAAAUGAUGGGCACCAAAGUUAAGGAGUUGGAGACAGUUGUAGUAGAGAAAGAGGUCGAACUGAUUGACGAGCCUCAGGUUCAAGAGAGCCCUCCAGUUCCUGCAAUGUUGGAUGAUGAGGCAGAUUUUGCUGAAUCUUCACCUGCAUUACCUGCUAUUGAAGAAUCUGACAUUCCUGUGAAGAAGCUGCUGAUAAUCGUGACGAUCACUUCUGUUCGGCCACAACAGGCAUAUUACUUGAAUCGGCUAGCCCAUGUUUUGAAAGCUGUACAGGCACCUCUUUUAUGGUUGGUGGUGGAAUGGCCUGAACAGUCCUAUGAAACAGCAGAAAUUCUGAGGUCUUCUGGGGUUAUGUACAGGCAUCUUAUAUGUAGAAAGAAUACCACGAGUGUACGAAAGAUUGCUGUAUGUCAAAGGAAUAAUGCAAUCUAUCAUGUCAAAAGGCAUCACCUUGAUGGUAUAAUGCAUUUUGCUGAUGAAGAGCGGUCAUACUCAGCUGAUGUAUUUGAAGAAAUGCAGAAGAUCAGGCGCUUUGGCUCAUGGCCUGUAGCAAUCCAUGUUGGAACGAAGUAUAGGGCAGUUUUGGAAGGCCCUAUUUGCAAAGGAAACCGAGUCAUGGGAUGGCACACAGUCCAGACGGUUCAGAAGAAGAGUUCGACUCGUCGAUUCCCAAUUGGCUUCUCUGCAUUUGCUUUCAACAGCACAAUGUUGUGGGACCCUCAAAGAUGGAACCGCCCACCUAUGGAUUCUGUUAUGGUCCACUCAGGUGGAAGAGGUGGUUUGCAGGAAUCACGAUUUAUAGAAAAGCUCGUUAAGAACGAGCGCCAGGUAGAGGGUCUUCCGGACAAUUGCAGUCGGGUUAUGGUCUGGAAUUUCAACCUGGAACCUCCUCGAGUCAACUACCCCACAGGCUGGGCACUAUAUAAGAACCUAGAACCGGACAUGCCUGUGACAUAGUUUCCUGCCGCUGCCACUGUGCCUGCUUCUAGAGGUGAUUUCUCCCAGCAAGGCAGAGAAGUUUGGAGCACACGUCUCCAGCGUAUUGGUAGUUCUAAAUUUCAACUCCCUGCUGUUACCAGGUGGUCCAGAACUCCACAUAGGCUGCUCGUCCAUGCCAUCCUGAGCGAGUUGCGCCAAAGAUUACAUGGAUACUGCACGCUGAGAUCUUACUCCCUUCCCCCGCGCGCCUUUUAGUUUUGUGUAUUCCUGUUAUGCCCUUUAUUUUGUGUUUCUCCUUAUAUUCACCAGCAGCUAGAUACGCCGUGUAGACUUUCUUUUCAUGUAGGCUCUUCUGUUCUUUUCAUACUGUGUGUGUUACCUUACUACAGAUGUAUAAAGGCUCUCAUACAUUGCAGCUGUUUUUAAGAGGAAAGGCAAAAAUACCUUCUUGAUAGUUGAUACGUGAA